GGGAAAACUUUGCUUGUAAACAUGUGUUCUAAUCAUUGCUGCGUCAUGACUGACAUACAAGAUUUCUCUUUCGUCAUUUGAUUGAGAACUCCGGAGACUCGUUUAUAUUGAGAUUCGAGCUGAAUUUACGCUCAUAGUCGCGACGGUGCUCUGCUACGCCGACACUCAAACUCUUACGUAAUUUCUUUGUGCUGUUAAACGAGCGAACGCUCGAUUGAGCUAACAAUAAGCUGAAGUAUUUUCCUAGUGUCAGUUUGAGGUUAAGAACGUGCAAUUUUCAAUAUUCCAUAUUACUAUACAAACAUAGACGUUCCGAAAUACAAUAAAUAAAGAAAAAGCAAAAGAUACAUAAAUAAGAGACAAAGUUUUAAGUAAAUACCGCAUUAGCCGCAUCGAUAAAUCUUUAAAGGCUUGUUUGCAGAUUAAUUAUGGACGAACAAUUUGGAUUUGCCAUCGACCGUGGCGGCACCUUUACUGACGUUUAUGCGAGGUGUCCUGGCGGGAAGAUUCGAGUCAUGAAAUUGUUAUCAGUCGAUCCUGCCAACUAUGACGAUGCGCCUCGAGAAGGAAUUCGACGAAUACUUGAAGAGGAAACUGGUGAACGAACAAAGGACUAUGUGGACACUUCAAGAAUAGGAUGGAUCCGCAUGGGCACUACGGUCGCCACGAAUGCUCUGUUGGAAAGAAAAGGCGCCAAAAUGGCAUUGCUUAUCAACGAGGGAUUCAAGGAUCUUUUAUUCAUUGGAAACCAGGCUAGACCCAAUAUAUUCGAUCUGGAAGUGGUAACACCGGAAGUCCUUUAUUCAAAAGUCGUUGAAGUGAAGUGCAGAGUGAUACCAGCGCUUCCUGGACAAUGUGAAUUGGAUAGUAAACAAUGGCGACGGGUCAGAGGUUCUACAGGGGAGGAUCUAUUCGUGAUCCAGGAACUUGACGAGGAGUCAUUGAUCAAAGAUCUUGAAAAGCUCAAAAUUCAAGGAAUUCAAAGUUUAGCCGUUGUCCUUGCACAUAGUUAUACAUACGCAGAGCAGGAGGUACGCGUUGGCGAAUUAGCUAGGAAUUUGGGUUUUACUCAAGUUUCAUUGUCACACGAAGUUAUGCCAAUGACAAGAAUCGUUCCUAGAGGUUUUACUGCCUCGGCAGAUGCUUAUUUGACACCCCAUAUUAAGAGUUAUCUUCAGGGAUUUUCUUCGGGAUUCAAAAACAAUCUGGCGGGAGUUAACGUAUUAUUUAUGCAGAGCGACGGUGGACUUACCCCCAUGAAUUCAUUCAAUGGAUCAAGAGCUAUACUGUCCGGACCUGCUGGUGGUGUGGUUGGGUAUGCUAUGACAACUUACAACAAGGAAACAGAACUUCCGGUUAUAGGAUUUGACAUGGGAGGAACUUCAACAGACGUAAGCCGUUAUGCCGGUUAUUACGAACACGUUUAUGAAACCACUACGGCUGGCGUGACUAUACAGGUUGCACAGUUGGACGUGAACACAGUAGCUGCUGGGGGUGGCUCUAUGCUUUUCUUCAGAUCAGGAUUAUUUGAAGUGGGGCCAGAAAGUGCUGGUGCACAUCCGGGUCCAGCAUGUUAUAAGAAAGGAGGUCCUUUGGCAGUGACAGACGCUAAUUUGACCCUGGGCCGUUUACUUCCGGAAUAUUUUCCAAAAAUCUUUGGUCCCAAUGAAAACGAGCCACUCGACAAGCCACGAACCAUUGAGGCUUUUGAUAUGCUUACCAAACAAAUAAAUCAUUUUUUAUGUACCGAGGGUGGAAAAUCAUCCCAUGAAAAGAUGUCGGUCGAGGAAGUUGCUAUGGGAUUUAUAAGGGUAGCUAACGAGACAAUGUGUCGUCCGAUUCGUGCUUUGACCCAAGCCAAGGGUUACGAUACUUCGCAACACGUGUUGGCAUGCUUUGGAGGAGCUGGUGGACAGCACGCAUGCGCCAUUGCACGGUCACUGGGUAUGGGUACGGUUUUCGUUCACAAAUAUGCUGGAAUAUUGUCAGCUUAUGGAAUGGCACUUGCUGACGUAGUGCAAGAAGCCCAGGAACCUAGUGCAGAAGUUUAUGAAGAAGGGUCCUUUAGUCGACUGGACGAACGUUUGUCGAUUCUUGAAGAAAAGGUUAAAGUUGAAUUGACCCGUCAAGGAUUUACAGAGUCACAGAUACAUACAGAAUCAUUUUUACAUUUACGUUAUUAUGGAACUGAUUGCGCUCUAAUGUGCAGACCCAAAACUGGUGCGCAAGCUAAGAACGUAGGGCUCAAACAUGGAGACUUUUUGACGACGUUCGUUGAGAGGUACCAAGUCGAAUUUGGAUUUACCAUGCCGGAAAGACGUAUUCUUGUUAAUGAUAUUAGGGUACGAGGUAUUGGUAAGACUGAAAUUCCUGAAGAUCCAGUUUUGGAAUCAUCGGAUGAACUACCGAAAUUCGAAAAAAUUACUUCAGUCUACUUCGAGGGUGGUUAUCAAGAUACUAAAGUCUACAAAUUGGAAUCGUUAUCAGCAGGACACACGAUAACGGGACCUGCAAUUAUCAUGGACAGUCUCAGUACCUUAUUGAUAGAACCUGACUGUACUGCCGUGAUAACUAGUAGAGGGGACGUCAAGAUCACAAUAGGUACAGGACUCAGGCCAAAGAUCACUACGGAAUUGGAUGCAAUCCAAUUGAGCAUCUUUUCUCAUCGUUUUAUGAGCAUAGCAGAGCAGAUGGGAAGAAUACUUCAGAGAACGUCCAUCUCCACGAACAUCAAAGAACGUCUGGAUUUCUCUUGCGCAGUUUUUGGACCGGAUGGCGGUCUGGUCUCCAAUGCACCCCAUAUACCAGUGCAUUUAGGUGCAAUGCAAGAAACAGUGCAGUUUCAAAUGAAAGCAUUUAAAGGUGAGUUCACACGAGGAGACGUGAUCCUGGCAAAUCAUCCCUCAGCCGGUGGAUCCCACUUGCCUGAUCUAACAGUAAUUACACCAGUAUUUUAUAAAAAUUUGGAGAAACCUGUAUUUUUUGUCGCGAGUCGUGGACAUCAUGCAGACAUAGGCGGAAUUACGCCAGGCUCUAUGCCGCCACAUUCCACUAUGCUGAAUCAGGAAGGCGCAGCUUUCAAGAGUUUCCUUCUGGUGCACAAAGGCAUCUUCCGGGAGCAGGAAUUGACGGAAGCUUUGAUGGCUCCUGGGAAGAUUCCAGGAAGUUCCGGCACCAGGAAUCUAACGGAUAAUCUGAGUGAUCUCAAGGCCCAGAUAGCGGCUAACCAUAAGGGUAGCCAAUUAGUUAAUGAACUCAUUGAUAUUUAUGGACUGGACGUAGUUCAGGCCUAUAUGGGUCAUAUACAGCACAAUGCGGAAGUGGCGGUUCGUGAAAUGCUUAAGGUCGUAGGUCACAGGUUAUUCAAUGAAACUGGAACAACCAGUAUAACUUCGGUAGAUUACCUAGACGACGGGACUCCGAUUAAAAUGACACUUACCAUAGAUAUAAACAAGGGCGAAGCUCUGUGCGACUUUACCGGAACCGGAUACGAAGUCUGGGGUAACUGUAAUGCACCAAGGGCAAUCACGCUCUCAGCAUUGAUCUACUGUCUGAGGUGUAUCGUAGGUCGAGACAUUCCCCUGAACCAGGGUUGCCUGAAACCAGUAAGGGUAAUUAUUCCAAAAGGAUCGAUCCUAGAUCCGUCCGAGGAAGCUGCGGUAGUCGGUGGCAACGUGCUGACGUCGCAGAGAAUCGUAGACGUCAUCCUGACGGCUUUUGGCGCUUGUGCUGCGUCUCAGGGAUGCAUGAAUAACGUCACAUUAGGUACGGAGGAGUGGGGGUACUACGAGACAGUCGCAGGGGGUAGCGGAGCUGGUCCUGGUUGGCAUGGAAGGGGAGGCGUACACACGCAUAUGACAAACACACGAAUCACCGAUCCGGAAAUUCUGGAAUUACGUUAUCCAGUAAUUUUAAAUAAAUUCUCCCUGCGUGACGGAAGUGGUGGUGACGGGGCUUAUCGUGGAGGCGACGGGGUGCAGCGUGAGAUAACAUUCAGGGCACCGAUGAUACUGUCCGUACUCACUGAACGAAGAGUGCACAGCCCGCCUGGUCUUUCUGGUGGUUUAUCUGGUUCACGUGGUAGGAACACCCUAAAGAGGGCUGAUGGUAGAUUCAUCAAUUUGGGUCCAAAGACUGCGGUGCCCGUAUAUGCAGGAGAUACCUUCCUCCUGGAGAGUCCUGGUGGUGGUGGGUACGGUUCACCAGGUAGCAAGGCUUCGAUUUUGGAGAAAAAGUCAAAAGCUUUCCUGGAACGUGGUAGCGUAUACGAAUACAGAAAAGCACAGGAGUCUGUAUGAAUAUAGUUUUUUGGAAUAGAAAAAGAAAAAUUGUUACAAUUUUGAAAUAUCUACGUAUUGGUGUAUGUAUCUGUAUAUUUUAAUUGAGAGAAAAAAUUAUUGUGAAUUUUAAGAGAUUUGAUUUUGGCAUUGUUGAUAAUAAUAUUUUAUAAUAUUUUACGUCAGCUGACAGUCUGAUAUUGGCAAUCGAUUUUGUCAUGGCUGCUGCCUAUAUAUAUUAUAUGGUGUAUAGUAUUGUUAAUUCUAUAUGUAUAUUUAGAAAGACUUGUGGUGGGAAUAAAUAUCGUUAAUUGGAUACCGAUGAA